CUAUAUGAAGGCAUACGGGCUUUAGAUUCUAUGUCAUAUCAAUGGUAAUAACUGUUGGACUGGUAGUGAACUGUUCGGUUGUGCAUCUCUACCACAAAUUACCCAAUUUUAUCGCCAUUUUAUGUCUUUUCGGAAUUGUCUUCUGUGCUCUUCUUUAUGUCAAAGAUCAACAAAAAUUGGAGUUUAGAGCCACUGAUGGAAAGUGCGUUAUUUGGGGGAAACCCGCAAAACUUAUACGUGCCCAAUAUGUGGACGAUUUCGGUAAAACAAAGCGAAGUAUUCUUUUGACGUCUGGAUUCUGGGGAAUCACACGACACAUGAACUACACUUCUUUGUCUGCGAAUAUCGACCAAAUUUUGUGGCGCUUUCUUCAGAUCAUAUGCCCAUCCGAUCCGUUCAAAGAACUCAAUGAAAGCCGAGUAGACAUUAAAGCUCUUGACACCGAACUCACUCGCGGAGUAUACCCAAUCAUAUGGACCACGUCUAACGAUGGGGUCAGUCCACAAGUAGUCGACAUUCAGUUUGUUGCGCUUUUCGACACAUUGGGGAUGCCUUUCCAUCAUAAGCCACCCGAUGUGAGCGAAAAAGAAGCCCCGACCCAGACUCACGGCGUCGGCAUUUGUGCCCUCAAACUUGUGGUGCGUGUGGUGGUCCAGUGUCCAGUCUAUGGCCGACUUCUGACCCGACAGGGUCUGCAAUAUAAUUAA